CACUCACACACACUCUUAAAACUUCCAGAUAACACAGGAAACGCAUAGGUCUAACAAUUUGCACAAUAUUAUGAGUGUAAACAGGUAAUGCUGACAAAGGAAGACUGAAGCGGUGCAAACGUCUGAAUAAGUCUGGACUGCUAAAACGCAGAGUGCACACAGGAUUCUGGUAUUUGGUUCUUCUGAACUCCGAGGCUUCCUGCCUUUUAUCUGCGGCUCUCCCUCUGCCGAUUGGUCAGCCUGCCGCUGGUGCCACCCACCAAUCAGGACAACCGGCCCCCACAGGUGGAAUCCAAUCACCCGAUUGACCUGUUAGGAGACUGUGGGAGAGAGAGCAAAAGGAAGGGCAGGAGGGGAGAAAACACAACACGUAACACUCUCCAACUUCGUUGCCCAUCAUGGCAGUCUUGUUCAUGGUGGCGCUGGUCAUCUCCCUGCCAGGCCUCAUUAACAGCUUCCAACCACUCUUCUCAUUUGAUGGGAAUUCCACCACUCACCGUGACAUCACACAAAGGGCAGUCCUCAGAAAGACGGCUGAGGUCUGCCGAGAUAUUGCUGCCUCUGAGGGACGGGACUUCAGCCUGACUAUUGAUGACAGCCUGUCAACUGACAAGGUGCAAAGGGCCUGUUCCACUACAGAUUCCUCCACCGCUCUCCUCUCGACUGUCAUAUUCAGAACGUCCAUCGCCAACAUGUACUUCGGCAACGCAAAAGUGGACGUGGUUUUUGCGCUGAGUGAGGAGCACCAUUUUGAUGACGAGACCUUCCAGGGAGGACGGGAUGUCAUAACAGCAGGUGUGUCCGCCGUGAAGGCCAGUGUGAAGCUGGAGAACUUUAUCGCAGGGAGAUGGACUCUUGGAAGAGCCUGUCAUACCCUACAGGACUUCUACAGCCACAGUAACUGGGUGGAGCUGGGGAACAAUGCUCCUUACAGCACUCUGAUCACACCAGAUCAACCUCUCGAGAACUUGGCAGGCCUAAGUACACCAACAUGUAGAAACUGUACAGGAGGUAACUGUGAGAACAACCUGCUGCAGCAGGGGCUUCUCACUUCAGGGUACUUCAACGUCUUCUCCUCAGCGAAACCUGCAGGUAAAUGCAGCCACGGUGGAUCAUUUGACCAGACGAGCAGACAUGACCCAGUGGGAGGCAUUAAUAAGGAUGAUGUUGGGUCCAGCCAUGGCUCACUUCACCACAAAGCAGCUGAUUUGGCUGUGAAUGCCACUAUGGAGCUACUGGAGGACAUCAGACUAGCUGUCGGAGACAAGAACUUCCUGCGACUGAUGGGCCUCUCCCAGUCCUCUGUGCUGUGUUUUGUCAUUGACACCACAGGCAGUAUGAGCGAUGACAUAGCUGAGGCUAAGAGAGUUUCCUUCGACAUCAUUGACAGUAAGAGGGGAACCCAGCAGGAGCCCUCUGCCUACAUAUUGGUACCAUUCAAUGACCCAGGUUUUGGACCUCUGAUUAUGACAACAAAUGCAGAUGUCUUCAAAGACAACAUUAACAAACUGUCUGCAAGUGGAGGAGGAGACAUCCCAGAGUUGUGCUUGUCUGGACUGCAGCUGGCCCUGACAGCUGCUCCCCCCUCCUCUGAGAUCUUUGUCUUCACUGACGCUCCAGCUAAAGAUGCUUACCUGAAAAGCACCAUCACAGCCCUUAUAGAGAGCUCCAAGUCUGUGGUUACUUUCAUGUUGACGGACGUCCUGGCUAGUGGACGGCGACGCAGAAGUUCUCAGCGUGUGAGUUCACGUUCAAUGAGCCAAUCAGAUGCACAGCUGUACCGGGACCUAGCCCGAGCCUCUGGAGGUCAGGCCAUUGAGGUCACCAAGUCGGACCUCUCUCUGGCUACAAGCGUAAUAAAGGAUUCAUCAGCCACUGCUGUGGUGACAGUUUUUCAGGUAGUGAGGAAUCCUGGACGGCCUGAUAAUUUUACAUUUACUGUUGAUGGAUCACUAAGGAACAUGACUGCCUACAUCACAGGAACAUCAUCUCUCACUUUUGAUCUCACCAGCUCUACAGGUGUGUCUCAGAGUUCCAGUCAGUCCAGUGGUCCUCUGGCAUCUUUCACCACAGCAGGAAACCUCCGUCGUUUAAGCUUCAACACUGACAAUCAAACCGGUUCAUGGGAAAUUAGAGUUAACUCUAAUAACCCCUACUCUGUUAAGGUCACAGGUCAAAGCUCAGUGAACUUCAUUUUUAAUCUUGUGGAAGCUCACAAGGGAGCCCAUGGGGACUUCAGUCUAAAGGAGGGACGUCCUCUUUCAGGUGGUAAUGCCAGCCUCUUGGUCUCUGUAACAGGCAGUGACACAGUAAAGGUCACAGGGGUCACUCUGUUUGACAGCUCAGGGCCAACAGAGGUUAACGGAUCCCUGCAGUCGGUGGGAAGUGGUAACUUCCUGGUGACAUUCAGUGGAGUCCCGGCAGGUGAAUUUGUGGUUCGCAUAAGAGGAGAGGACAGCAGCUCCACGUCCAGGUCAACACAGAGCAAGAGCUUCCAGAGACAAGCCCCCACACAGAUCAAGACAUCCAGCAUCUCUGUUACGGCCCUAGCCAACAACACCAACAUUGAACCAGGCUCCACCAUCUCCGUCCCUUUCACAGUCGCCACAACCACCAAUGGAGUUGUUAAUGACUCUGCAACCGGGACGUUCACAGUUCGAGCAAACAACGACCGCAGCUAUACUUCAACUUCACCCAGCACCGUUACCAUAGCGGCUGGCAGUGGAGGGAAAGCCAACGGCACCGUCACCUUAACAGCACCAGCCAGUGCUGCAUCAGGAUCAGACGUGACCCUUACCAUUGAGGCAGAAAAUACAGCUGCCAACGAUAUCAACUACACUGUCCUCAGGUUGUCUGUUGCUGCCAAGGUGACAGAUAUUACCCGCCCAGUGUGCCAGGUAGUCAGUUCAUCCACCGUUUGUCCAUCCUCUUCAUCACUCUGUACUUCCUCCCAGUGGGAAUUCAUCGCCAAUCUCACCGAUGGCAUCAAUGGAACUGGCAUUGAGAGCGUCGCCAUCCGCAAAGGGAACGGUACCCUAAAUACCAGCACAGUGGCUGGAGCAGGGGGUGAGAACAUUACAGUGGCUACCUACAAAGCCUCCUGCUGUUCACAGAAUGUAGAGCUGGCUGCUGUGGACAAAGUAGGUAAUGUGGGGAUGUGUGUGGGACAGGCUAAAGGUUCUACCACGACCGCCCCUGUGACGACAGCUGCACCUAACACAACAUCCACCGGAGGGCACGCAGAGAGCAUAUCACACUAUCUCUGGAUCAGUGUUGUAGUUUCUCUCCUUUGGAAGUAAAUGGGAAUUGCAGUGUAGUUGUGGAAUUAUAGCACAUGAAUAGUCUUUUAUAGCUUUUCUUUUUGAAUUUCCACAGGUUAAAUAAAAUAUUUCCUAUUUGAAUAAUAUCAUUGGUACUGAUCUCUUUAAAAACUAAUUU